AUGGAGUUGCCUCCUCCGGGAAACCGGAGGGUUUCCAUCAAUAAUCCUCAAGAGACAUCUGGCAGGGUUCCCACCACCUCAGCCGGGUUUCCCACCCAGCCAUCUAAGGUCUCCUUGAAGCGCUCCACUUACGCCUACAGGCCUUCCAUGAUGAGCAACCGCAGCUCGGGAGGCCAGUCCCUGCUGCCCAGCUCCAUCCUCCAGCAGAAGACCUCCCUCAAUCCGUCAGGCUUCCUGCAGAGCAAAGCAUCCAAUGUCUCUUCAGUCCACUAUGCUGAUGAAGAAGGCAAGCCACUCACGGACAAGAACAAGGACAAAGACAAGGGCAAGGGCAAGGGUAAAGGCACAGGAACUCGGCUGCUGACCAUGCUAAGGAAAACUCUUCAAGGGUCUCAGAGUGAUGAAAUGGCAAUAGUAAAUCAAACACCGAACUUGAUACCAUUUGGAGACGUGGUGGGCUGUCUGGCGAUUCACAUUAAGAGCUGUAGACAGUUUUCUCAGAGGUUCCUUGGCCAACAGCAUUAUAAUCUGUUCAUGCGUGUCUCCAUAAACAACAUUGUGAAAUGUACAAAAAUUCGUCACUUGAAAGCUGUUGACAAUGAAAGGAACCUUGUACUUAGGUUUGGCGAGAUGAAGUAUUUUUCUGUACAGGUUCCCAGACGUCAAGAUGAUGAGCGGAAUUAUAUUUACUUGGAACUAAUGCAAGAUGGAGGAGAUCCAGAUAGCUCUCCUAUUUUCUUAGGCGGUGCAGAAUCACAUCUUUAUGAAGUAAUACAGAAAGGCUGCUUUACCGAAGUGAUGCACUUGAUGCGUAGAAACUCCAGUGUCUGCAGAGUGGAAGUGGAAUUUAUGUUCUCCUAUGGAAACUUUGGUUAUGGAUUUUCACAUCAGUUAAAACCUCUUCAGAAAGCCAUUGAGCCAUCUAUGUUUAUGAAUAUUGCACCUCCUCCAGAGAGAACAGACCCUGUCGCAAAUGUUAUUACUCCGCAACGAGUAGAAUACCCAGCAUUCUUAUCCCCAGAAUUUAAUGUUAGCAUUGGGGUUCCUGAAACCAGCCAGGCAACUGUGGUGCAACUUGAGAAACUCCGUGAGAAGCCCCGGGAAAGGUUGGAAAGAAUGAAAGAGGAAUAUAAAAAUAUGAGUACAUGGAUAGAAAAAGCUGAUUAUUUAAGAAAUCUUAUUAAUCCAAAAAUGAUAAAAAGGGAUUUUAAGGGAAGUAACAUGCCGACUGAAUCAAAUUCUAGUGUAUUAGAAGAGCUUGAAAGAACGACAUAUGCUGAUAUUCACAGAAAAUCUGAAGCUGUUUCAAAUGAGUACGGUGAUAAGGAAGGCCGGGUCAUACCAGUUUUAAAGCUGUUGGACCAACAGUAUUCAGAGAUAUCUUUAUCUAAAAGUAGUGACUCCAUACCGCUGGAAGAUGUUCUGCUGCCCCCCAUUCACAGCCUGCAGAUAAUAGAAGAAGAUGAAAUGCCACAUUCACAGAAGACCUCUGAGCCAGAAGACAGGCCACACGAAGAGAGGAAAAGUAUAGUACUUUCAUCGGAUGAAGAACUAAUGCCCAAACGUCCAAGCAUUUUAAAAAUAAGCUCAUCUCAACAAGAGAAUAGGCGUAAAAUGGAAAAAUCACCACAUUUUUCAGAUGUGUUAAUAAUGCCUGAUAAACCCUUUGAAGAUUUAAACACAAAUAAGAAAGGGAAACCUUCCACCGAGUUAAGGAAAUCUUGGGAAAGACGUCCUACUGACACUGUCUGUAGUCUCCGAAAGGUGGCUUUUGCACAAGAAGAGUACACCAUACCAGUUUGCAAAGCAGAAACUACAGAAUUCAAACCCAAACACCACUUUCAGAAACUCAGCAAGGGUGGUCUUGAUCCUUUUCUAAGAAACAUAAACAGCAAAAUGUCAUUCAGAAAGAAGAAAGAUCACGAUGACGGAUACAGAAAUCUAAGCACGUCAAGUACAGAGAUUUUAGAGCAUGAGGAUCAAGAUCCUCCUUACCCAGGACAUUCAGGGUCUGCAGGACCUGAUGCAGUAUGGGCUGAAAACCCUAGCCCUUUCCCAGUCCAGAUGGUAAACAGGGACAGCUUGCCUCCUGACCCAAUUACAGCCACAAUAAUGAUUUCAGACAGGAAGAAUAAGCUGUCACUUGAUAGUGUUUUCAACUCAACAAACAGUUCAAAUACAAAGAGUAUCUUUGCAAGUGAUAAUCCUGUUGUCAGCCUAACAAAGCUUUCAGAUUCUGAUAAUAAACUGAUAACUGAUUCUACUUUUAAUACAACAAAGCCUUCAAAUAGGAGGCUGUCUAAGGACUCGAAUUCCAAUACAACAAAGCCUUCAGAUAGGAAGCUGUCUAGUGACCCUAGUUCCAGUACAACAAAGCCUUCAGAUACUAAACUGUUCAGUGAUCCUAGUAGCAAUAAAUUGUCCCAAGGUCCUAGUAGCAAUGCAACACAGCUUUCAGGUUCUAAUAGAUUGUCCCAUAAUCUUAGUAUCAAUGGAAAUAAAUCUUCAUAUACUUCAGAUCUUAGUAAGGUAUCCCGUGAUCCUAGUAUCAUCUCAACAAGGUCUUCAGAUCCUAACAAGUUAUCCUGUGAUCCUAGCUUCGUUUCAGCAAAGUCUUCAGAUCCUAACAAGUUAUCCCAUGAUCCUAGCUUCAUUUCAGCAAGAUCUUCAGAUCCUAAUAAGUCGAGCCGUGAUCCUAGUAUCACCUCAACAAGGUUUUCAGAUCCUAACAAGUUAUCCCGUGAUCCUAGUAUCAUUUUAGGAAUGUCUUCAGAUCCUAACAAGCUGUCCUAUGAUCCUAGUAUCAUCUCAACAAGGUCUUCAGAUCCUAACAAGUUAUCCCGUGAUCCUAGCAUCAUUUCGGGAAUGUCUUCAGAUCCUAACAAGUUAUCCCGUGAUCCUAGCUUCAUUUUAGCAAGGUCUUCAGAUCCUAGUAAGUUGAGCCGUGAUCCUAGUAUCAUCUCAACAAGGUCUUCAGAUCCUAACAAGUUGUCCCAUUAUCCUAGUAUCAUUUCAGCAAAGUCUUCAGAUCCUAAGUUAUCCCGUGAUCCUAGCAUCAUUUCAGGAUUGUCUUUAGAUCCUAACAAGUUAUCCCAUGAUCCUAGCUUCGUUUUAGCAAGGUCUUCAGAUCCUAAUAAGUUGAGCCGUGAUCCUAGUAUUUCAGGAAUGUUUUCAGAUCCUAACAAGUUAUCCCAUGAUCCUAGCAUCAUUUCAACGAAGCUUUCAGAUCAGAGUAAGUUGAGCCAUGAGUCUAGUAUCAAUGCAAGUAAGUCUUCAGAUACUAAUCAGUUGUCACAUGAUCCCAAUAUGAUUUCAACAAAGUCUUUAGAUAGUAACAAUAGUUCAGCAAGUAGCAGUCCUACUGUCAAUUCAGAUACUACUAUCAACACAGCAGAACCUCCAGGUACUAAGAAUGUGCUGGAUCCUGAUGUCUCCACAAUAGACUCUUCAGAUAAACAGAGUAAGUUAGAAUGGCUCCCAAAUGUCCAAGGGGCAUCAUCAGUGACUGAAAAUGUAAACACACAUCACCCCUCAAAUUCAGUAAAUUUUACCUCUGAUAUUGAAAAUUUAAAACAGUCAAUAGUACUCAAAUCAAUUUUAAGUAAAAAUCUGCAAGACCUUUCAGAUGAGUUGUUUUCUAAAUCAGAAUUCUACACAAAUGAUGAAGGCUAUUCUCCAUCUCCAAGUGUGCACAGCAGGCCAUCUGAUAGCACAGAUGACAGAAUGUUUGAAAAAGUCCAAGAUCUAAACAGUUGGCGUUCAUCAAAAGACCUUCUAAAUUCCCAGGUUCUUUUAAGUCCUGUAGUUAAAAACAGCCCUCAAGAUUUACUCCCAGAAGGUGAACCAGGAAAAUUUUCAAACAUAGAAGGAUAUGUCACUGAAAAACUCUUAGAGGCUGCUGGAAGAAAUUUUCCAAUGAACAGAAAGAGUAGUUUCAAGAAAAAACAUUUAGUAAGUGAAGAAUCUAGCUCUGAACAUGUUUUAAGUGGUAGCAUAUAUGAGUACGUUAUCAAGCAAAUAUUUACUGCACCCAUAUUCUCACAACUGGGAAUAGGAACAAAGAGCUCAAGUGAGGCCCAGAUGGACUCACAAGAUCAGUUGCUGACACCUUGGGAGAGAAGUGUAUCUUCACACAUUAUCAACUAUGAAGAAAAAGACAGUGACGUUAGCUUGUCACAGUCCAAAUCGAUCAUAAGCCAAAUAAUACAGUCCUUUCCUGUAAAUACUCUGUUAGAAUCUGGGAUAAUCAAAGUGAUAGAACUUGAUAAAGAACAUCAGAACUCUUUGUUGGACUCACAGACAACCUCUUCCACAGAGCAGUAUUCUGAUAGCAGAAGCCAAAUAAAACUUCUUUCCAGGCAGAAUACAUCUAGCAUCAACCCCCUAGACUAUUCUGUGAGUGGAGGUGAAUAUACAGAAGACUGCCAAAGUAUAUCCACUCAAGAGUCAAAAUAUCCAGUACGAGAUGCAAAGUCAGACUCACCCACUGAUACAGAGGAGAUGGAGCUAGGCUCCAAUUUAGAAAGUUCAAGUAGCUCACUAGAUAAAGUUAAAGACACCGACACAACAAAGUUAAAAAACAUCCUAAAAAAUAUCUUCAGUAUUUUCUUCAAAUACAAUCCGUCUGAAAGAAGACAACAACCAGAAAAAGACUCAGAACGUCUAAUUAAACAUUCUUCACCAAGUGGUACAGAACAUUUAGAAAAAAUUCAAGAGACUUUUAACAAAGCAGACAAAAAAGUAGACAGGAAACCCAUUUUGAAUCCAAAGCUGCGUGUGUUUCUAGAGAAACUCUCGGAGACAGAAGUAAAAAAUUUGAAAUCUGAGUUAAGUAAACACAUUCAGCAAUACCUUGUUGAAAGACUUACAGAGUCAGGCCACAUCACCGAGGAGGACUUACCAACAAUCUAUCACAAACUCUAUCUGAUGAACGAGAAAGCCGAGUCAAAAGAGCAAAGUCCCUUUCAGGAGAAAUACUCAGAAACUGUAAAAGAAAUCAUGUCUUUUGUAAACAAUUUUAACCAUCAUUUCAUAGAUAAACAUCUAGAAACAAAGCUUAGAGGUUUUCUAAGUGAAAUUCUCCAAAAUUAUUUCCUGAAGAAUCUUUCAGUGAGCAACUUAUUCAAUGAGACAGAUGCUAUGGCUCUCCAUGCCGGUGGCGUGCCCCCUGUGAGAAAUAAGAGUGAGCCAGGACAAGACAUUGCAGAUGGGAAUUUUGGUUCAAACCUUAAAAUAAACAUGCAAUACCCUGUAAGCAAAUCUCUACAAAAUUAUCUUCAGGAUUUAUCAGAAAAUGAAUUGUUAAGUCUAAAAACUGAUUUGAGCAAAUACCUUCAGGUCCUCUUUAUAGAAAAACUUUAUAAGUCAGGACUGGUGUCAGAAACGCAGCUAAAGGGGAUCAGCCAGGAAAUUAUCUCACUCCAUUCACCUUCCAUACCAUUAAAACACAUAAAAACAAAUUUACCUUUUAGAAAUGAAAGUUACUUUAUGAGGGAGGAUUCACAAGAGCAAAUGAAAUAUUUAAAAAAUGGUCAAAAUGCGGCUUUACACGCGCUGCUUAAAGAUAAUUGCAGAGAAACAGAACUGUCCAGGAAGGAAGAAAGGGAAAGUUCUUUCUCACAAAUUUUAAAAGAAAACCUACCAACAAUAUGGGAACAGAAAAAUAUUUAUACCAGGGAAGAAGAAACACUAAAUUUAAUACAAAUGCAACCUUUCCUCAACAAAAAUAACCAGGCAAAUCCACUAACUAGGUCACCAGAAAGACCUUCAGACAUGUCAUUCAGGAAACAGAAGAAGGAUCAUGGUUUCAUGCAGUUUGCUCAAGUAGAAAGUUCUGUCUACAAAACAGAGAUUCAAGAUCUAUAUGGUUGGGAUAGUAGAUCAAAAACAAUUCAAUCAAAACCUUGCUUUGAAAAGACAUUGAAAAUGAAGCAAUUUGACAAGAGGGAGAACAAUAACUUUUAUAAAUUGACUGCACAGGAAAAGCUUGAUACAGAAUUUUCACCUUAUCUAAAGCUCCCUAAUUGCAAAAUACCAAAAGAAAACGAAUCCAUAAGCAAGCUCUCCUUCCCUACAUGGAAGACUAACACCUUCAUUCAUGUCAAACCAGAGAUUGGGGAACAAUCAAAGUUAGACCACUAUUAUCAGAGACUGAGAGGAAAUAAUAAUAACAAUAAAAAACACUUGGUUACAUUUGCACAGUUCAAGAAUGAAAUGGAAACUCUUUAUAGAAACCCAUAUGAAGCUUGCAAUGAAAAGCGUGCCAAGAUCUCUGAAUCACAGUCAUUUAAAUAUAAAGAAAAUGAGAAAAGCUCAAGGUCAUUCUUCUUCCCAGAAGUAUUGAAGAGAGAAAACAUGAAAUCCAAAAGAAAAGAAAGAGACCACGCCACCAAACCAAAGAAGUCAUUUCACAAGAUAGUUAGGUUUCUACCAGCCACACUGCCCACUACAAGACCUCAUCUCCGGAAGUCUGCGCCAAGGAAUUUACUUCACUGGACUGCAAGGAGAACUAUACAUGAUUGUUUGGAUAGAUUCGACGAUUUACACGCACCCUCAGUUAAAUGUCCUAAAAAAUCAAAAUCAGGAGCAAGACUUUUAGGCAAGAGUCCAGAUGAUUCCCAUAAUCAGGCAAAACACUGUGCACGACCAUACACUGCUCCAGCGCCUAACAAACGACGAGAAAGUGCCGCCUGGAAAUUUGCAAGUCCUCGGAUGGUUUCAGCGGGCUUAGUUCACUUAUAUGCCAACCCAGCGUAUGAAAUCCGUAAAGUGCGGUCCAAAAGAAAAUUAAAAGAGGAUAUUGAAAAGCGUCCGCUCAUUAGUGAGAUUAUCCAGAUGCUAGGCACUGCAGAAUGA